UUUUUUUGGGAGAUUUGUGGAUGAGCGAUAUCUUAAUUAAAUUUGGAAAUUUCGAUGCAUGGACAUUUUUUGUUUUGGACAUUAAGGGGAAUUUUGAAAAAUGGAUUUUAACGUUUUGAGACAAAAAAAUGGCGCUAAAAUAAAAGUUAAAGAAAAAUUGGCUGAUGUCCUUUGAUCCAGGGCCCCUUCUGUCCAAAACGCGACCUAAUCCGUCCGACCAUCUAACCACCCGCGGCUGCUGCAAAUUUUGGCGUUGUUGUUAUUUCCAGCCGCCUUUGAGGUUAGACAAAUUGGGUAUAUUUGUACAGUGUGACGAAUUGGGGAUGGGACGAAUUGAGGUUUAAAAGUUGUGAGGCCUUUUCAGCGCGGUUAAUUAACCGCCGCGCUGAUUUCAACAAAGUUAAAUUUCAAUUUCAAGUUUGUCCGCAAAUGUUCGUCCGCAAAUUUCGUCGCCUUUUAAAAUGGUAUAAAAGCACAAAUUUUUGAACAUGAAACUUUCAUGUCUAAAAUUAAGUGUCAAAAAUGCAACAGCUACAAAAGGUCAACACCGGAUUCUCAACAGCAACGCUAUUUUUCUUGCCUGUUUCGAUUGUGCUCGUCUGCUCAUUGGUUAUGGGAGCAAAUUGCUGCAAAAAGAAGAAACGGAGGCGUCGUCAUGCUCGUCGGGCAAACAAAAACAACACCAACAACAGCAACAACGAUCGAAUGAUAAAAGGAUCUAAAACGAGAGCCUUCUUUCAGAGAUUGAAUCCGCUGGAGGAAACCAACGAGACUGACCUUGGAAGCUUAGACGAUGUUGAUCUUAGUAAAGAAGUUCCUGCGCCCAAAAGCUUUAGACUGGAUCUAAAAUCGGUAAAUGCUUAUUAG